AUACCUGUUUCUACCGUCUGUCUCCAAAACCCUAGGUAGUAGCAGCCUCUAUUGCUAGUUUCUAUCAGCGCCUCUUCCUAACUAAAAUGAAGGUUGUCGCCGCUUACUUGCUCGCCGUUCUCGGUGGAAACACCUGCCCUACCGCCGAGGAUUUGAAAAACAUUCUCGGAUCUGUUGGCGCUGAUGCUGACGAUGACAGGAUCGAGUUGCUGUUGUCCAGUGUCAAAGGAAAGGACAUCACUGAGCUGAUUGCUUCCGGAAGGGAAAAGUUGGCUUCCGUUCCUUCCGGUGGUGGUGUUGCUGUUUCUGCCGGUGCUGCUCCUGCUGCUGCUGGUGGUGCUGCUCCUGCUGAUGAGGCUAAGAAAGAGGAGAAGGUUGAAGAGAAAGAGGAGUCUGAUGAUGAUAUGGGCUUCAGUUUGUUCGAUUAAGAGAUUUAGUUUCGAAGAGGUCUUCUUUUGCCUAAGUUUUUAUUUGUAGUUUGCUAUUAUGAUAUUAAGACCUUGUUUUGGGCUCGAACGAUUUUUGGAUUUUAGAUAAUUGAAUGUUAAAAUGUUUUUAAUAUAAUUGUUAAUUUUGGAUUACCG